CAAAAAAUAUAGUAAAAAAAAAAGAGCCCACAAAUUGAAAAAAGGAAAAAAAAAAUUUAAAAUGAAAAAUUAAAAAAAGGGUCCCCUCCAAAGUCCAAAGCAAUGGGUAAGGUAGCAACUGCAGAGAUGAAGCGGAAGAAGAAGAAGGGGCGACCGCCCAAGACCCAAAUUCCCCUAAUUGCCCCUCGCAAUCCCAUUAUUCUCGGCUCGCCUCCCAUCACCUACAGCCGAUCCCACCGCCGGAACCCUAAGUAUUUCAAUAUUCCGCCGCGAGAUUUUGACGCCGAGGACGAAGACGACGACGAUGAGCGCAAGGAGAAGAAGGUCAAGCUCGUCGGCCGCCUGCCUCAAUCCGACGAGACCCCCAAAAUCGAUCAGAACCUACAGCAGCAGCGGGAGAAGAAGAAGGACGCCGCCGCGCAUUCGUCUUCGCCGUCGGAGUCGGAGUCGGCCUCCGAAUCCGAGCCGGAUUCCGGUUCCCCCACCGAGCCGGAUUCGGCAGAGGAUCGCGACGCGAAGAAGCGGAAGAUCAAUGCCGUCGAUCGUGGAUCUGACGGCGCGGUUUCAACUCAGGAGAAAAAAGAUGUGAAAGCGACAGACACUCAGCAACAUGGGUCGCCAUUGGAGUCUGGUCCCACUCCACCUUUGCCAGACAAAAAGUUGUUGGUGUUCAUUCUUGACAGGCUUCAAAAGAAGGAUACUUAUGGGGUAUUUUCCGAGCCUGUGGAUGUCAAUGAGCUGCCCGAUUAUUUCGAGGUGAUUGACCAACCGAUGGAUUUUGGGACAGUUAGGAAGAAACUAGAUCGUGGAGCGUAUAAGAAGUUGGAAGAGCUGGAGGCUGAUGUGUUUUUGAUAUGCUCGAAUGCUAUGCUGUACAAUUCCCCAGAUACGGUCUACUAUCGACAGGCACGAUCGAUACAAGAUAUUGCAAAGCGGGAUUUUGAAAAUCUGAGGCAUGAAGGCGACAAUGGUCCUAAGGUUGUUCGUAGAGGCAGGCCCCCGAAUAAUAAGAAUCAGAAGAAAUCUCUUGAAACAUCCCCAUUGGAUCGUGUUGGUGCUGACCCGUCAUCAGGAGCAACUCUUACCAACGCAGAAGACAAGGCAACAGGAUCUAACUCUUACAAUCUGAGAAAGGGACCUGCAUUGUAUAGGUACCGGCCCAAUGAUCCGUAUGUCUCAUCAUACCGGCCAAGAAAUGGUGAAAACUACUCUGAUUUGUCGGGUGACUGGAAUAACGAAUUUCCAGCAUCCAUUUUAAGGGCUGACAUGAAAUACGGGAAAAAACAGUUCACCGUUGAUGAGAACAGGCGUGAUACAUAUAGGCAAUUUAAUCCCCUAUCUCCAACUAACAACUCGUCUGCUUUUACUAAUUCCAUGGGAGAUACGAAGCGACUCGUGAUGGUGGGCCUACACGAGCCCUUUGCAUAUGCGAGAAGCCUGGCCAGAUUUGCUGCGAAUCUUGGCCCCAUAGCUUGGAAAGUUGCAUCGAAGAAGAUAGACUACGUCUUGCCUCCGGGGACGCCAUACGGUCCUGGUUGGGUUGCUGAAAACGGGGCCACAACUUCACAGCCACCGUCUUUCCCAAACAAUCCUGGUGUCGACUGCAGAACUUCCGGGUCAAGUUCUUCCGUUCCACAUGGGCUCUCUGAAGAACUAGUCGAAGCCGUCAGGAGGCUCAACAGCCAGACAGAACGAGGAGGCUUACAAGGCGACACCUCUCCAUGGAAAACGCCAUUCCCACCAGUCCAACAGAACCAUAUGUAUCAUCAGCCUCAGAUUCAACCUCAGAUUCAGAGAAACGGUUUCGGUGGAAUGCUCGGAUACGAUGCACCAUCGACAUCAAGGCUGGCGCCCGUGCCAGCGAUGGAAGGGUUCCAAUUCCCCAUGCUGCAGGAGAUGCCGGCCACCUUGUCACAUCACGAGGGCGAGAUGUGGACGUUUGGCAGAUCGUCUUGGCCGGCCGUGCCAGCUCAGCACGGCCGGAGCCUUGCAGCUCCACCCGACCUCAACGUGGGGGUCCCAGCCGGCUCACCAGGUUACGGCUUGCAGAUUGGCUCACCUCAGCAGCAGCAGCAGCCAGAUUUAGCAUUGCAGCUCUGAACAUUGAUUUUUUAUCCAUUUUUGGAAAGAAGGAAAGCUAAUUUAUGCUGUCAAUAGGGAAUUUUAUGACUACUGGAAUAGGAAAGGCUGCUGCUUGGUAGUGUGUAGGAGAAAGUUUGUAAAUGUUUUGUAUCUCUUUUUCUGUUUCCUAAUUGAAACUACAGGGUUAUUAGUGUAAUUGCAUAGCCAUAGGUCUGAUCAUAGGGCAGAAGGAAAAUAUAUUUAUCAGCUUAUUUUAGUGGCAGGAGAGGAUGGUAUGGAUAUGGGCCAAAUGUUAUUAUUAAUAUAUUUAUAUAUACAAUGUUUUGAUUUUA